UCCUAUGAGAACAUGUUUUCCGUGUCAGCAGUAGAGGGGGAUAAAGACUUUCUGGAGUUCUAUUGAUUCCUAAUUUGCGUUUAGUGUGAGCUAUCUCUACUGCAAGAAAUACUCUUCGGCAGAAUCUCCCAUGAUCCCACUGUUUGUAGUUGCUACGUUAGCUAAUUAGCAAGGACGGGAAGACAGACCAAGAAGGAAUCCAGACUGUCAAAUAGAGGAGAGAUGACUUCCUCUGCUCUUGGUCAGUCUGCAUCCCUCCUCCCAGACCUGGAGCCUGGGAUAGGGAAGUCUGCAGCGAUGCUGGGCUUGUCUGCUGGUCUAGGCGGAGCAGAGAUGGAGCUGCAGAAAAUGCUCAUAGAUGAAAGGAUGAAGAGUGAACAUCACAGGACCAACUACCGAACCCUAAAGGCUGAACUCGCCAGCCUGCAGGAUGAACUCACCAGGACGCAGGGUGAAUUAAAGCGUUUGCAGUUUGACAGACAGGCACAGCAGGAGAAACUGCAGAUGAUGUUGGCUGAGCUGCGGGGGGAACUGCUGGACAAAACCAGGGAGCUGGAGGAUCUGCGUUUGCAGGUAAUGACCCCUCAGCGGUUGGAGCUGCUCAGAGCUCAGGUGCAGCAGGAGAUGGAGGCUCCAGUCAGAGAACGCUUCAAUAAACUAGAGGAGGAGGCAGAGAAGUACAGAUCUGAAUACAACAAGUUGCGGUAUGAGUUCACCUUCCUCAAGUCCCAGUUUGAUCACCAGAGAGAAGAACACGCCCACACAUUGGAGGAGCGAAGGAUCCGCUACGAGGCAGAGAUCUCUCGCCUGGAGAAGGAUAAAGAGGACAUUGUGGCCCAGUACCAGGGUUCUGACCCACUGUGUGAUGAGAAACGAGUGGAGGCUCUGCUGAGGGAGAAAGCCCAGCUCCACCUGCGGCUGAAGGGCCUGGAGGCAGAAGUGGCUGAGCUUCGAGCCCAGAAAGAAAACUCUGGUCAGCAGGCUGAGAACGUCCAGCGCAUCCAGAUCAGACAGCUCUCAGAGUCUCAAGCUGCAGUGAAGUCACUGGAGGCAGAGCGGCAGUCAUUACGGCUGCAGCUGGAGCGGAUGGAGAGUGAGCUUCAUCUCAGCCAUGAGCAGAAUGGCCAGCUCACCGGACGACUACAUAAAGCUGAGAGACAGGUCAGCUCCCUCAACUGUCAGAUUGAAAGCCUGAAGCAUUCGCAUAAGUUAGAGCUGGCCAGCACUAAACUGGAGUGUGCACGAUCUAAAGGGGAGGUGGAGAGGGAGAGAGACACGCUGCAGGGUCAUAUUGAUGGUUUACAGACAGAUGUAGAGGUACUAAAGGCCGCUAUGGAGCGUCACAAGGAAGUCCUGGUGGAGAAAGAGAGGGAGGCGGUGAGGAGAGUACAGGCCGCUCGUGAGGAAGAGUUCCGCAAAACAGCAACUUUACACGAGGACAAGUUAGAGUUGGAGAACCGGGUUGCAGCAUUGGAACAGCAGAGGGUGCUGCAGGAAGCUACAGACCAAGCCCAGAAAGAGGAAUGGGAGGAGCGUAUCCGCUACGCCCAACAAGGUGAAGAGUCGGCCCGCAGGGAACUGCAGAACCUGAGAAAUAAACUACAGCAUCAAAGUUUACAACUAGAAGAAUUUGAGCGACAAAAAGCAGAGGUGGCAGAUCUAAAACAGGUAAGCAGACAUCGACCACCUCCGUCUUCUUUACCAUCACAGUUUCACCAUCACGCCACAAGGGUUUUAUGUCUUUUAAUGAUAAAUGUUAUUGUUUCUUCGGCUCAACAGCAGAACCAGGAACUCAGCGUUCAGCUGGGGACACUGUCCCACUCUGAAAAUGGUCUGAUGGAAGCCAAUCAGAGGCUCAGGGACACACUGGACCGAGUGAGAGAGGAGCUGAAGACGGUCCGAUCCCAGUCAGAGAAGAGCCAGCAUGAGGCAGAGAGGGCGUUGGACGACCAUCGAGUGGAGUGGUUAGAGGAGAAACACAAGCUACAGGAACGAGACGCUGAGCUACAGCUGAAAUACAGUCAGGCCAAAGAGAGACUGCAGAGGGCAGCAAUGGCUCAGAAAAAGAGGAAAACUAUGACGGAGAGCAGAGAGAGAAAGCUGCAGGACAAGAUCCAGCUGCUGGAGGCCAAGCUCGCAGAGGUGGAACUGGAAGCUGAAGCUGCUGCAGCCAACAAACGUGCGUUGCAUUCAGAGGAGCAGGCUCGGCUCAGCAGACAGUUGAAGGAGCUGCAGCGACGAAACAACGAGUUCCGUCAGCUGUUGUUAGGGGGCCAGGGUCCCUUCAGCGUGGGCCCCAGUUUCCUGACGUCCUCGCCCAACCCCCUCCCCGUGCUCAGGUCUGAGGGGCUGUCUUCCAACGUACCAGAGCAGCAGCUGACCGACCUGUCAGUGCUGCGUCAGAGGCUGCAGGACCUCGAAAGCGCACAGAUGCAACAACUUGAAGAACUGGGAUCUCUGGCCAACAAGAGCUCCACAUCCCAGCCCGACCACUGAUCAACAGAUUUUUUUUUUUUUUUUUGUCUAUAAAUUUUGGUAUUAAGAGCACUGAUGUGACGCCAGGUUUUAUGAUGAUUAAUUUGAUCUAAAAUGUGCUGAUUUCCUCAGGGUUUUAAUGUACAUGUUUGCACAAUAUUUAUAAAGACUGUAUUUUCUACUGUCUCAGA